UAAAGCCUCAAAUCUUCUCUUUAGUCUUACCAAAAGAACCAGAGAGAAAAGAAAUGGGUAACCAUGGAGUUUUCUCCGUUCUUAUCCUUUCAUACUUCGUGUUUUCAUUGGGAUUUGGAGUUGAAGUAGUGAUGGGAGCUGCGUAUGAGGUCUUUGUUACUUCAAUCAAGGGAAAGGAAGUAUAUUCGAGGAAGAUGAAGAUGGAAGUAUUUAAUUCUUUUGUUACUUCACUAAAAGUUCCAUCUGUUAACUCUGUUGUUCCUCCGGUUCCUCCUCCCAAAGUUUUACCGGUUGACUCUGUUGUUCCUCCGUCAAAAGUACCAUCUAUCAACCAUGUUGUUCCUCCGCUGAAAGUUCUAUCUGUCAACUCUGUACCUCCACCCAGAGUACAAUCUGUCAACUCUGUGCCUCCACCCAGAGUAUAAUCUGUCAACUCAGUGGUUCCUCUACCGAAAAUUCCAUCUGUCAACUCUGUAGUUCCUCCACCCAAAGUAUCAUCUGUCAACUCUGUAGUUCCUCCACCCAAAGUAUCAUCUGUCAACUCUGUAGUUCCUCCACCUAAAGUUCCAUCUGUCAAACUCCGUAGUGCCUCUACCCAAAGUUCCAAAGUUCCAUCUGUCGACUCCGUAGUUCCUCCGCCCAAAGUUCCAUCUGUCAACUCUGUAGUUCCUCCUCCCAAAGUACCAUCUGUCGACUCUGUUGUUCCUCCACCCAAAGUUCCAUCUGUCGACUCCGUUGUUCCUCCCCCCAAAGUACUAUCUUUCCAAGUCACAUGUAAAACUUUAAUCUUUUUAAGUAUGUAAUCAAGAUGCAUGUAGAAAAGAAAAUUAAGCGUACGAACUCUCUCUAAGUUACAGUUUUUAUGUUC